GGACUCUAUGCAUCACUGCUUGCAUUUGCAACAUCAAGAACCAUUCUCACUCUAUGUCUCUCUCACGCCUGAUCAAUCCACUCUCUUCCACUUCAGACUUCUAGGAAGAAUUUCGACACAAGAAGCCGUUACCAUGGUCCUACGAACCAUCAGCUUUGAUACCACUUGUAGGGGAUUCAAGCACCUCGAUUGCACGAAAUAGUAGAGCGAGAAAUCACAGAUAAAGCACACAACAUCUUUGGUCACGUAGUUCGGCCAAAUUGCAUGCUGCUAUAGCUCUUUUGUAUUACUUGUGGCAUGAAGCAUGUGGUACCAAGUAGAACUUUUAGGGUUACAGAGUUUACAUAUUUAUAGGAUACUACCAACCCUAGUAAAACAUCAUAAAAUCUUCUUAAACUCAUAUACAAUCCCCUUAAAUCAAAUCAUAAUAAACUGAACAUAUUUAACCCAAAAUAAAAUUGAAACAAAUCUGAAACAAAUCUUUCUGAUUUUUUCUCUUUCUAAUGAGCCAAAAACCCAACAAUAUUCAUACCAUCCCCUUUCGCACUUUCUAUUUGUGAUAAUUUUGCUCCACACUUAUAAGUGUGGUGUUGUGUAAUUGGUUUUCGCACACAUAGAUAAAUUUGGGUGGCGAGAAAAUGAAAAGGGGUGGCAUUAAAACCAAUUCCCUUUAGUGGCAGUUUGCACACUGGGUGGGUUCUGUUCUUGUGCUAAAGAAAGGGGUAAAUCAUUGAAUUAUAUAUUCUAAGAGCCAUUGAUGAGUAAGCUUUGGAAUAAAAGUUUAUUCAUGGGUAAUCUAGAUUUUCGGUGUAUAUAUUAAAAGAUAGGUUGAAAGCGCAUUAAGUUCAAACCAUAGUUACCCGAUUCGCGGUACGCUCUGGUACGAGGUAUGGGUGCGGGAACGUGGAACGCGACCUGUAAAGUAUUCGGUAUGAGGGGGGUAUACAGAGUUGGUUCGCCAUUUGGGUUUGCGGUUCAUUCUAAUUUAUUAAUUAGUACGUUUAGUGUAAAUUUUUUCACAAAAAAUUAAAAAAUAUUAAUCUUUAUAAAUAACUAUAUGAAAACCAAUCAAUUAUUAAAUAUUUUCUAUGUAAGCAGAUGAUUGUAAUGGAACGCGACAUUAGUAAGUAAAAGGAGUUUAUACUUUAUAGCCGUUUCACCCGAUUAAAUUGGACGGCACAUUGAAUUGCAAAAUUUUCUAUGUAAUCAAAUCUUUAUUUUCCAAUAGUUGUUUAAGAAUUUUCUUUUAUCGAUAAUUGAAAAGUCAUUAUAACUAUUAUAUUAUAGAGUAUAACUUCAUCUGCAACAAUAAAUGCUUUAUGUUUCCCAUAUAAAUGGUACAAGAUUCUAAAAUUUGAACUCUAAAGUCUAAACAAGUUAUUGUAAUACAUUUUCCGGAACACAACUGUUGGAGUACCAGUACAUGAACCAUUGUGAACCGGUACGUAAAUGUACCGCGAACCGGUUCACAUGAAUUGGAACGCGGUUCUUGGGCUAAAUGACGAAUUUGGUAACUAUGGUUCAAACAAACAUCAUGGGUUGGGGAUGCCAUGCUAUAAAAAUGUUUAUGAGUUGUUCAUCCCCAACUGUUCAGAUAUAUUGCAAAACAUGAACGGAAAUGUUAAGCUUGUAUUCUUAGCAAGCAUCAUUAACUUUCUAGUAGUAAGAACAAAAAAAUUCUUUUUUAAGCUUCAUUAUUUCCUGGAAGGUCUGAUAUGAUUUCCUCCAUAACAGUAGGACUUUGUGCCUUGAUGACACUAAGGAAAGAAUCAGGAACAUGUUCAACAAGGUUGAGCUUUCUAUUUCUUCUUAUGAUACAGCUUGGGUGGCGAUGGUUCCUUCUUCAACUUCGUCCGGUGCCCCGCUUUUCCCUCAAUGCUUAAACUGGUUGUUAGAUAGUCAACUCUUUGAUGGCUCCUGGGGUCUUCCUGAUCGCCAUCCAUUGUUGAUGAAUGAUGCUCUCUUAUCUACUUUAGCAUGUAUCCUUGCAUUAAAGCAAUGGGGUAUUGGUGAAGAUCUAAUGGACAAGGGUCUUAAAUUUCUUGAGUCAAAUAUUACCUCAAUCAAUGAUGAGAACCAACACACUCCCAUAGGAUUUGAUCUACUUUUUCCUUCUAUGAUUGAAUAUGCACAAAAUUUGGGAAUCAACCUUCCAAUUGGAGCUAUAAGCUUGGAAGCAAUGAUCCGGAAGAGAGAGAUAGAGCUCCAAAGAGGCAGUCAUAGCAAUUCAGAAGGGUGGAGAGCAUAUCUAGCAUAUGUUUCAGAAGGAAUGUUGAACUCACAGGACUGGAGUGCAAUAAUGAAGCAUCAAAGGAAGAAUGGAUCUUUGUUUAAUUCACCUUCUACAACAGCAGCUGCAUUUCAGCACCUUAAGAAUGCUGAUUGUCUUAGUUACCUCCAAUCUGUGUUAGAAAAGUUUGGGAAUGCAGUUCCAACAGUUUCUCCUCUGGAUAUAUAUGCCCGUCUCUAUAUGAUUGAUAAUCUUGAAAGGUUGGGCAUUGAUCAUCAUUUCAAAUCGGAAGUUCGAAGUGUAUUGGAAGAAACACACAGAUAUUGGAUGCAAGGAAUGGAAGAUAUUUUCUUAGACCCCACCACCUGUGCAAUGGCAUUUCGUAUGUUGCGUCUCAAUGGCUAUGAUGUAUCUUCAGAUCCAUUUUAUCAAUAUUCUGAAGAUAAAUUUUCCAAUUCCUUGAAAGGGUACUUGAAGGAUGUUGGUGCUAUUUUAGAGCUAUAUAGGGCUUCACAAGUCAUUAUACAUCCUGAUGAAUCAGUUUUGGUGAAACAAAGUUCCUGGACAAGACAGCUUCUGAAGCACUAUUCUUCCCCUCAUCGUGUAUAUGCUGAUAAACUUCGUAGUCAUGUUUACCACGAGGUCAAUGAGGCUCUUAAUUUUCCUUAUCAUUCAAAUUUGGAGCGUUUGUUAAACAGAAGAUCAAUAGAGCAUUACAAUGUAGAAGAAAUAAGGAUUUUAAAAACAUCAUACAGAUCUUGCAAUCUUGCAAACCAAGAAACUCUAAAUCUAGCAGUAGAAGACUUCAAUAUUUUCCAAUCAAUACAUGGUAAAGAGUUCAAGCAACUUGCAAGGUGGUAUACUGAGAGCAGGCUUGACAAACUAAAGUUUGCAAGGAGUAAACUGGCCUAUAAUUGCUUCCUCUGUGCAGCUACUCUAUUUUCUCCUGAACUAUCUGAUGCUCGCAUCUCAAUGGUGAAAAAUGGGGUGCUUGUAACAAUUGUUGAUGAUUUCUUUGAUGUUGGAAGUUCUGAAGAAGAGCAAGUGGACCUUAUUCAACUAGUUGAGCAGUGGGAUGCAGAUAUCAACACUUUGUGUUGUUCGGAGACAGUUAAGAUAAUAUUUUCUGCGAUUCACAGCACAACUUGUGAGAUUGGGGAGAAAUCAGUUAAGCGGCAAGGACGUAACGUGAAAGAUGAUGUUAUCCGAAAUAGAGAAUCUGAGGAAGGGAAAUUGAAUGCAGUGACUCUGCAUAUUGUUCAUGGCAAUGGAGUUGUUACUGAAGAAGAAGCCAUUGACAAGAUAAAGGGUAUUAUUGAGGAUAAGAGAAGGGAGCUCCUGAGAUUAAUUUUGCAGGAAAAAGGAAGUGUAGUUCCUAGAGCUUGCAAGGAUUCGUUUUGGAAAAUGAUGAAAGUGUUGCACCUAGUUUACAUGAAGGAUGAUGGAUAUACUUCAGAAGAGAUGCACUCUAGUGUAAAUGCAGUAUUGAAAGAGCCAAUUGUCCUUGGUGAUUUGUUGGUAGAUUCUCAGCAGAACCUUAGCCCUCUGUUAAAGCCACAAGUGGUGUGAUGCCUCAGUUCAAUUACUUCACAGACACGGCAACUGUUCUUGCAACGUUUUAGGUAAAUGAGGGGGGAAUGAUACUAUCAUCUGCAAAAUUGUUUUUUUGGUAAAUCUGCUUAAUGGCAUUGUGUAUAGGCUUAAAUAUGUUUUUAGUCCCUGACUUUUAAAGAAGAAUCUAAUCAGGUCCCUAUAUAAAAUUCUUAGCACUUAGUCCUUGGAUUUCUUUUAAUAGAUAA